UGUAUUUUCUCUCUUCUUUUCUCUCUCAUGUGAUUUUUUCAAAGAUUCCUCUUCUUUUUCUUCUUCUCUUUCUUUUUCUUCACAGUCUCACUUCCAAUGCCCUCUCCCCCUUUCUCUUCCGCCGUUGUAAAGGAUGCAAAAGUGCUUAUGGUUGAUACUGGUGGAAUUGGCUGCUAGCUUCUCAGCUGUCCGGCUUCCCUGACAUUCAAUACCUUAUAGUUUUCAUCUCACUUCAAUUUUCACUUCUUGUAGCUGUCUGAUGGAAUCCCCCGUUGAUGUUGUGCCAGCUGCAAAACGCCCCCGAUCAAUGGGAUUUUCUCCUGACCCUGGUAGAGACAAAAGACUGAAAAUUUCAAGUUAUAGCCUGUCAUACUCAGCACAUGAUAAGACUUCGAAUGUUGUUGAUUACAACAAUCCAUUUGCAAUAUCUGAUGUUCUGGAUAAUUUAGAGAGUGGAAAAUUUGGAAGUGUCACAAAGGACAUAGAAGACCUUAUUGCCCAAAAAAUGAAAAUAUUGGGCCCUUACUUUGUUAAAUAUCCCAUACUUGUGGAUCAAUGGGUGAAAGCAAUAAAGAAACAUGAUGAAGAAACUCCUAAGUUGGAAAAUCAACUAGUUACUGUUUCGACGGAUCAAAAUGUUAUAGAUCUUGAGGAGGAACACACCAGAAAGGAUGUCCCUGCAACACAAGAUCCUAUUGUGAUUAUUGAUUCAGAUGAUGAAGAUGAUGGAGAUGAAAAAUCUAUGGUCCCAUUUCAUGAAGUUGUGUUGCCGACACUAGUUGCACCGUCUCCUGCAUUGAAGAUAACUGGGUAUCUACCUGCCAUUCCUUACCUGGAAGAAAGAGAUCUAAUAAUUGAGACAAGUAUGGAGGAUAAACCUAACAAUACUCAGAACAAUAGAGGCAUUUAUGUUGGUGUACAGGAAGAGGAAGAAGAUGAGCUUGAUACUGAAGAUGACGGUCUAGGAGAUAUUUGGAAGGAGAUGUCAAUGGCAAUAGAAUGUUCCAAAGAUGUUUCUGUUGAUCUCCAGCCAGAUGAAGAAGCAGAAGAAGACUAUGAUGAUGAUGAUUGUGAUCAUUCUUUUGUCUUAAAAGACGAUCUUGGUUAUGUUUGUCGCGUUUGUGGGGUUAUUGGCCGGGGAAUUGAAACCAUAUUUGAGUUUCAGUACAAGGUUAAACGCAGCACAAGAACUUAUGCAUCUGAUUCAUGGAAUACCAAGAAAACAGAUGCAUUUGGAAUUAAUGUUGUUAAAGAUGACCUCGUAGUUACUGAAAUCCCAGCACACCCUAGACACAUGAAACAGAUGAAGCCCCAUCAAGUUGAAGGAUUCAAUUUUCUUGUUAGAAAUCUUGCAGGCGACCAUCCUGGUGGCUGCAUCUUAGCCCAUGCUCCAGGAUCUGGGAAAACAUUCAUGAUAAUCAGUUUCAUGCAAAGUUUUCUAGGCAAGUAUCCGAAUGCAAGACCCUUAGUGGUGCUUCCUAAGGGAAUAUUGUCAACAUGGAAAAAGGAGUUUCAAAUAUGGCAGGUGGAGAACAUACCUCUAUAUGACUUCUACACAGUGAAGGCAGACACUAGAAGUCAACAACUUGAAGUGCUGAAUCAAUGGAGGGAGAAGAAGAGUAUUCUUUUCUUAGGAUACAAACAGUUCUCCACUAUUGUCUGUGAUAAUGGAAACGAUAUAUCAUCACGUUGCCAAGAUAUUUUACUGAAAGUUCCUUCAAUUCUAAUUUUAGAUGAGGGACACAAUCCUAGGAAUGAAAACACAGAUAUACUACAGUCUCUUGUAAAAGUUGAGACGCCUAGAAAAGUUGUACUGUCAGGAACCCUUUAUCAAAAUCAUGUCAAGGAGGUGUUUAACAUUCUAGAUCUUGUUCGGCCGAAAUUUUUGAAGAUGGAAACAUCAAAACCUAUCGUGAGGCGCAUCCAAAGUAGAGUUUAUAUACCAGGGAUGAAAGGAUUCUCUAAUUUAGUUGAAAACACUUUGCAGCAGGACACUGAUUUUAAAACGAAAAUAGCUGUUAUACAAGAUUUGCGUGAGAUGACAAGCAAGGUACUUCACUAUUAUAAAGGAGAUUUUCUUGAUGAGCUUCCUGGUCUAGUGGAUUUUACUUUAAUGCUCACUCUUAGCCCUAGCCAGAAGACUGAAGUAGCAAAAAUAAAAAAACAAUCUACAAGAAAGUUCAGGAUAUCUUCUGUAGGAAGUGCUGUCUAUCUGCAUCCUAAACUGAAACCGCUAGCAGAAAAAAAUUGUGGUAAAACUCCUAUAUCCGAUCAUGUAAUGGAUGAUUUGGUAGAUAAACUGGAUAUUAGAGAUGGUGUGAAGUCAAAAUUUUAUCACAACAUGCUAAAUCUGUGUGAAUCAGCAGGGGAGAAGCUUCUAGUUUUCAGUCAGUAUCUGUUACCCUUGAAAUAUUUAGAAAGGUUGACUAUUAACUGGAAAGGCUGGAGUCUUGGAAGAGAAAUUUUUGUAAUCUCAGGAGAUUCAACUCCUGAGCAGCGAGAAUGGUCCAUGGAAAAAUUCAACAAUUCUCGUGAAGCUAAAGUCUUCUUUGGCUCAAUCAAGGCAUGUGGAGAGGGUAUCUCACUGGUUGGGGCAUCCCGCAUAAUUAUCUUGGACGUUCAUCUCAAUCCAUCAGUUACACGUCAAGCUAUAGGCCGUGCAUUUAGACCCGGCCAGAAGAAGAAGGUGUUUGUGUAUCGUUUAGUAUCUGCUGAUUCUCCAGAAGAAGAAGAUCACCAUGCUUGUUUCAAGAAAGAACUAAUUUCAAAAAUGUGGUUUGAAUGGAAUGAGUAUUGCGGUGAUCGAGCUUUUGAAGUUGAGGCAGUUGAGGUGAAAGAUUGUGGUGAUGAAUUUCUUGAAAGUCCUCUGUUAGGGGAGAACGUAAAAGCUUUAUAUAGAAGGUGAUUAUCAAGUGAAUCAGAGCCUGCUUAUCUAUAUAACAGAUCAAUAGAAUUUGACUUGUGCAAGCUUAGAACCCUCUCCUUCAUUUUAACGUCCUAAUCCUAAUUUCAUAUGUAUAAAGUUUAAUGAUUUUCUUCAUAUUUUUGUAAUUAUACUAUGCUGCUCUUUAUAUAACAAGCUCAACUUGUCUUUUGUU